AUGGAAGCAGAAGCUAACAGCUGCCCUAAUACUGGAAGGCACAUUGUUUACCUGAACCUGUCAUUCGAGACAGUCCUUCCAACGCCAGUACGGUUUGUUGACACGAUCCCUCCGCCAGAUCUUUUGAAACUAGGCUCGCCGUAUGACUGGUCACCGAAACGCAAGUCGUUCAUCACAUAUGUCUCCUGCAUCUCUACACUAUUCGCCUCGUUCGCGGCGAGUUGCUACAGCCCCGGCGCAGAGCAGAUGGCCGCCGAAUGGCACAUCAGUCAAGUUGCAUGUCUUAUUGGGAUUACCACCUUCUGCGCUGGAUUUGCAGUAGGCCCUAUGUUUCUGGCGCCCUUCUCGGAGAUCAUUGGGCGGAAACCCGUCUUUGUAGCCACUGCGAUUCUGUUUAUGGUUUGCCAGCUCUGCUGCUCGGUUACUAGACUUUAUGGAGGCAUGCUAGUUGCCCGUUUCUUCGCUGGGAUCGGUGGCUCUACGUUCUCAACGAUGGUUGGGGGAAUUAUCGCAGACAUCUAUCUCCCACGAGACAGGAAUACGCCAAUGGCCUUGUUCUCGGGCGGAGCUCUGUUUGGAACUGGGUUAGGCCCGCUAGUGUGUGGCUUUAUCGGGCAGUAUACGACGUGGAGAUGGAUAUUCUACUUGCAGAUCAUCAUUGGAGGUAUUAUCACUCUAGCGGUGUUGUUAUUCUUUCGAGAGACACGCAAGGACGUGGUGCUUCGACAAAGAGCUCAGAGACUGAACGAAUGGUACGAAAAGCUCGAAGCUGCGGGUUGUUAUGGUGUCAAAUUCCCCCAACCUUGUGGAGGAGGCAAAGAGGGCCGCGGUAUUGAUAUCCUCCGUAUCCGGUGGAAGAUUGCCGCGGAUGAGGAGCGAGCUGGCGUGGGAGAAAUGCUUCGUAUUUCACUAACGCGUCCAUUCCUGUUGCUGAUCACAGAACCCGUUGUCUUCUUCUUUUCGUUGUGGGCGGCCUUCAGUUGGUCGGUUCUCUAUAUCAACUUAUCAGUGAUUCCACUGGUAUUUGAAACGAACUAUGACUUCUCACUAUCCCAGGCAAACUCCAUCUUUACAGCAACUUGUGUUGGUAGCCUUCUCGCCAUGACUAUUUCAAUCAUCCAGGAAAAGACGGCCGUGCACCGCCGUAAGCACUGGAAUUCUGUCCCAGAGCACCGAUUAUACUUCAGCUGCGUUGAAAGCACGUUACUUCCACUGGGUCUCUUUCUAUUCGGUUGGACCUCGCAAUUCCAGGUCCAUUGGAUUGUACCGGUUAUUGGAGUAGCCAUUUCCACCAUUGGGAUCUUCUCCGUUUAUCUCGCGGUCUUCAACUAUCUCGCCGAUACGUAUCAUAGCUAUGCGAGCUCUGCACUGGCUGCACAGAGCUUCUGUAGAAAUAUGCUAGGGGGCAUUUUCCCUUUAGUAUCAAGGCAACUGUUCAACCAUUUGUCCUUUGGUCCGGCGGCGAGCUUGCUUGGUGGCAUUGGAGCUGCUUUGACGUUGGUGCCGUGGUUGCUUAUUUUCUUUGGGCCAGAGAUUCGUGCCCGGAGUAGGCACGCCAAACAAUAG